CUGCAGCACACAGCAAUGUAAUGCAUUGCAGACGCCCAUUAUGCGAAACAGUUCAAAUAAGACCAUCCGGAAAGAAAUCGCAUUAAGUUAUGGGGAGACCUUUAUGAUACACACCAGAAACUGCUGCCUUGUUUUGAACUUCUGCUCCCCCACUCGCAGUCAGAGGCAGUGUGACACGGCAGCUCAUAGGCUCCUCUAUUAAGAUUCAGCGAUUGAUUUUCUUUCCUAGGAGUGUAGCACACCAUAUUUACUCGUGCCACGAGAAUACGAGCAGGAAAGCAGGGGUUUCCGUCCAUGAAUAAAAGCGCAAACAGCUUUUCCACCACGGGGAUAUCAGAUCAGUUGCUAAACGCAAAUUGGGAAAGGCUGUCUGGCUGGCAGCCUUAAAAAGAGAGGAGCUAUCUCAAUUUCUCUCACUUAAUCUUGGCUGCACGUCAGAAGCUGUGCAGCAGUGCAGCAGAAAGGGAGAACAGCAAACCCUCUUACCAGUAAAUCGCUUUUUCACAUAGACUUCCCCUAUGUUACCAUAGCUCAGCGAUUUUUCGAGCUGGAUUAUCUAUUGAUUGCCUUCCCUCCCCCUUCAUCCCUUCCAGGCUCACCGGGAUGGACAUAUGCGUUUGGAUUUCUCAAGGAUUCUCCCCCCUCUGACUAACAUGGAUGUCCCACCAUUCCUUGCAGUUGAAGGUUGCUCCUUGGCGCAGUGAAUGAAGAACAUGCAGGGAUUGCUAAUGGGUUUGGGAAGCGGAUCCUCCUUGCUCUUGUCUCUGUGACCAUGCCGUGAUUGUGUCUGAGGGCCAUCAGUCUAUGUCCUUUCAUUCGUACCCUACCGGGGAACCUGACGCUCUAUAGGGGGAAGCAGACACGGGGAUGUGCGCUGGAACCAUGAAGAUUAUUUCCCCUUCCCUAACUAAUUCAUUCUUCAGGUGCACCCUCCGAUUCGUGGCUUGCAUGGUUUGGAUUGGGUAUACUCAAGGGACCACACAUGUUCUGCGAUUUGGGGGAAUUUUUGAAUAUGUUGAAUCUGGGCCUUUUGGAGCAGAAGAAUUAGCUUUCAGGUUUGCUGUGAAUACAAUUAACAGAAACCGAACAUUACUGCCAAACACAACACUAACGUAUGAUACUCAAAGGAUAAACCUCUAUGACAGCUUUGAAGCAUCUAGAAAAGCUUGUGAACAGUUGUCCUUGGGAGUAGCAGCAAUUUUUGGACCAUCUCACAGUUCAUCAGCUAAUGCAGUACAAUCUAUCUGCAAUGCACUAGGAGUUCCACACAUUCAGACUCGCUGGAAACAUCAGGUUUCUGAUAACAAAGAUUCUUUCUACGUCAGUUUGUACCCGGACUUCUCAUCACUCAGUCGAGCAAUCCUUGAUUUGGUGCAGUUCUUUAAAUGGAAGACGGUUACAAUUGCGUAUGAUGAUAGCACAGGCCUUAUCCGUCUACAAGAGCUAAUAAAGGCUCCAUCUCGGUACAAUUUAAGACUUAAAAUCCGUCAACUGCCAAUUGACACAAAAGAUGCCAAGCCACUACUGAAAGAGAUGAAGAGAGGCAAAGAGUUUCAUGUCAUUUUUGACUGCAGCCAUGAUAUGGCAGCAGGCAUAUUAAAACAGGCAUUAGCAAUGGGUAUGAUGACAGAAUAUUAUCAUUAUAUUUUCACAACUCUGGAUCUGUUUGCUUUGGAUGUUGAGCCAUACAGAUAUAGUGGUGUUAACAUGACUGGAUUCCGAAUCUUGAACAUUGAGAACAGCCAAGUGUUAUCUAUUAUAGAAAAAUGGUCUAUGGAAAGGUUGCAAGCACCCCCUAAGCCAGAUUCUGGAUUGCUGGAUGGAUUCAUGACGACUGAUGCUGCUUUAAUGUAUGAUGCUGUCCAUGUGGUAUCAGUAGCUGUUCAGCAGUUUCCACAGAUGACUGUCAGUUCCUUGCAAUGCAAUCGCCAUAAACCUUGGAGGUUUGGUGCCCGCUUCAUCAGUCUCAUUAAAGAGGCUCACUGGGAAGGCCUCACAGGCAGGAUAACUUUCAACAAAACCAACGGCUUACGGACGGAUUUUGAUUUGGAUGUGAUCAGUCUCAAGGAAGAAGGCCUUGAAAAGAUUGGGACCUGGGAUCCUACUAGUGGCCUGAAUAUGACAGAAAACCAGAAAGGAAAACCUGCAAAUAUAACAGAUUCCCUGUCAAAUCGUUCACUGAUUGUCACAACCAUUUUAGAAGAGCCUUAUGUAAUGUUCAAGAAGUCAGAUAAACCCCUUUAUGGAAAGGCUAGAUUUGAGGGAUAUUGCAUCGACUUACUCGAAAAAUUAUCUAAGAUUCUUGGCUUUGAAUAUGAAGUCAGACUAGUGGAAGAUGGUAAAUAUGGAGCCAAAGAUGAUACCACUCAACAGUGGAAUGGCAUGGUUCGUGAACUUAUGGAUCACAAAGCUGACCUUGCAGUUGCACCGCUCGCUAUAACAUAUGUAAGAGAGCAAGUCAUUGAUUUUACCAAACCAUUCAUGACUCUUGGAAUAAGUAUAUUGUACCGAAAACCCAAUGGUACAAACCCCGGCGUGUUCUCCUUCCUGAAUCCUCUUUCCCCUGAUAUCUGGAUGUAUAUUCUGCUGGCUUACUUGGGUGUCAGUUGUGUGCUCUUUGUCAUAGCCAGGUUUAGCCCCUAUGAAUGGUAUAAUCCGCACCCUUGCAACCCUGACUCAGAUGUGGUGGAAAACAAUUUUACCUUGCUAAAUAGUUUCUGGUUUGGCGUUGGAGCUCUCAUGCAGCAAGGUUCAGAACUCAUGCCCAAAGCCCUCUCCACAAGGAUAGUAGGAGGAAUAUGGUGGUUUUUUACACUUAUCAUUAUUUCCUCAUAUACUGCCAACUUAGCUGCAUUUCUUACAGUGGAGAGAAUGGAAUCUCCUAUUGAUUCUGCAGAUGACUUAGCCAAACAGACUAAAAUAGAAUAUGGAGCAGUACAAGAUGGUGCAACUAUGACAUUUUUUAAGAAAUCCAGAAUCCCCACUUAUGAAAAGAUGUGGGCUUUUAUGAAUAGUAGAAGCCAGUCGGUGCUUGUCAAAAAUAAUGAAGAAGGUAUCCAGCGUGUGCUAACCUCUGAUUAUGCUUUUCUAAUGGAGUCAACAACCAUUGAAUUUGUUACACAACGCAACUGUAACCUGACACAGAUUGGAGGCCUUAUAGAUUCAAAAGGUUAUGGAGUGGGAACUCCCAUGGGUUCGCCAUACCGAGAUAAAAUCACAAUAGCCAUUUUGCAGCUUCAGGAAGAAGGAGUACUCCACAUGAUGAAAGAAAAAUGGUGGAGAGGUAAUGGUUGCCCAGAAGAAGAAAGUAAAGAAGCUAGUGCCCUUGGAGUCCAGAAUAUUGGUGGAAUUUUCAUUGUUUUAGCAGCUGGAUUGGUUCUUUCUGUUUUUGUUGCUGUUGGAGAAUUUUUAUACAAGUCCAAAAAAAAUGCCCAGUUGGAAAAAAGGUCUUUCUGCAGUGCAAUGGUAGAAGAGCUGAGAAUGUCACUUAAGUGUCAACGACGCCUAAAACAUAAACCACAGCCUCCAGUAAUUGUGAAAACAGAGGAAGUUAUCAACAUGCACACAUUUAAUGACAGAAGAUUGCCAGGAAAAGAAACUAUGGCAUAGAGCUGGGUUUAAGACUUUCCCAAGCACAAACUGUCAGCUUUUUGUUUUUAUUUUCCAAACAACUCUGCGAGAAUGUUUCCUGUGGAAAUAUGCAACCUGUGCAAAUAAAAUGAGUUACCUCAUGUUGCUUUGUCUAUGAACUUGAGACUUUUCUGAUCCACUGGUCAGAAUCCAAUUGCAAGAAUCAUGGAUAAACUAAGAAUUUCUGCGGAGGUUAAACUAAUUUUUUUCAAAGGGUCCACCAUUCUUCUGAAUGUAAAUGUGUAAGUUUUGUGGUUGCUUUUCAAAAGAGGUCCAGAGAGAAAAUAAAAUCAACAAAAAAUGUAAAAUAUAAAAUAAAAAAGAUACAAAGAAAAGUUAUUUUGAAGCUCACCCAUUAAGGAAAUACAAUUGAAAAUUCUCAGAAUAAACAAUGAAGAAAAAAAUCAUCUAUAGACUUUAUCAAAACAGCUGUAUGCUCUUUGCAACUGUGUAGCAAAGUGGAGAAGAGAAAUAUGAUAUAUUAUUGCUAACCUAUAAAUAAAUGGCAAACUAGACUUUUGAACUGGACAGGCAGGCACUGUAAGGUUUUUCCUAAGGAUGGCAAGUAAUUACAAAAUAUAUCAGAAGAUUAUUAUCAGUUGUGUGGACUCCAUGUUUCACUGUCAAAUAAAACAGCAAGGCAAUAAUUGUAUUGUUCAAUUCAACCAGAAUACAGCAUUUCUAAGUAAAAAAAAAAUCAGUCUGACUCAGUCUUUGAUGACAUGUAUGUAUUAUGGAGUUCAAGAGAAUGUAACUUUAACUGUAAACCAAGUAGAGGGCAAUGUGUAUGUUGCAGAGAAAGUAAUAGAAUAUACCAUACAGAGAGAUGAGAAUGUAUCCCUUUUGCCAUAUUAGCCCCACUGAGCCUCUGCAGUUCCGUUCUGCUGUGUAGAAGUUCACAUACCACAUAAUUGCCACAUCAAUGAACUUUCUGAGUGGACUUCAUAGUGGACUGCAUAACACAGCCAACGUUUAAUGAACAAAAUCCUUGAGCAAUUUUUAUUUAAAAAACUGUUCAGGUUUAUUUGUGGAAAUGCAAGAUUUCUAUAAAAAUAGUUUUUGUAUGGAAAUUUUUGUAAUAAUUUUUAUCAACAAAAUCCAAACAUACGCUUCUGUCAGGGGUGUGAUGCCAAGCAAGAAUGGUAGUGUUGGAGCACCACCAACGUUUGGUGAGAUUAUUUUUAUCAAGUUCAAUAAAAAAUAUAUUAUUUUCAAUUAAAUAUUGCUUGUUACACUACCAGCACUGCUUACCAUGCUACACCCCUGAUUUUCACAAAGCUACAAACAUACUGUAAUGAUCAGUUGUGUGUAAAUGGUAAAAUACAGUCUUCUUGACCACAUUGUGAUAACAGUUUCAGUGCACACAGUUUCCUGUCUGAAUACAAUGCACAAAAUAAACAUGAAAAAAAUAUUUAUCUAUUUUAUUUUGUAUACUACUUGAAACAUGAUAUAAUUCCUUUUCUAGACAUGCUUUAAUCAUUUAAUUAGAGAUGUGGCCACAAAGGCAGUAUCUAGUAAAACGAAGCUCUUGCAUCUUUUUCCCGAAUCACAUUUACCAGACUCUGGCCUGGUUUUUCCAUCUAAUAGUCCAUAUCAUGCUAUAUUUCUUGAACAUUGUAUGCUUAAAGUAAUAUCACACUCAAUUAAGACAAAAAUUAAGACUAGGUUUUGGAAGAAGACAUAGAAAAUUAAGGGUAAUAAAGAGAGAACAAUGUCACUGUAGGACAAAAUAGGAUAUACAAGUAUUGAUACAAGCUCUAUUAACAAAUUGAGGGGAUAUUUUGCAACAAUUAUACAUUCUUCUUUUAAUAUUUUAAUACAUUUUCAAUAUUAGAUCAAAAGCAUGAUAAUAUACCCUUUAAUCAUUCUUGAUAGUUUCAUUAUUAUUACUUUAUAUGGCGAUAUAACUUUCAUACUUUCAUAAUUUACUUUACUAUUUUCAAAUAAAAUAUUUAUGCCAUAUGAUGAUAAAAACUAUUCACCCAUUAGUAGUAAUGGAAAUUUAGAAUUUUCUUUUGCAUCACUAGUCUAUAAUUUUCUCAUUUUAGAUUCUCAUUUACAGUAUUUGAUUUAUUAACCAUGAAGGAACUCAACUCUGUAUUUCUUGUAUAUUAAUUAUAAAGAUACACAUAUUAGAAAUGUUGGGUAAUGAUCAUUUUCAGGUGCUUUGUGUCCAGUAUCAAACCAGACCAGACAAAUGAAUCUCCAUCUCCAACUAUAAAAUGUCUAGGGUACAACCCCUGGUAUAAUAUAUUCAGUUAUUUCUCAGUCUACUUCCAUUUGUCCAUCAAAACUAUGAUAACCAGUUUUUUCACUGUUUUAUUUUUAAUUGUAGGCUUUGUGAAAAAUAUGAAACUUUGUUCAUAUAAAGAUCUAUAAUAAAGGUAUUAGCCAUUAGCCAUAAUUAAGUAAGUAAAAAAACUAGCUGGUUGAUACUGAAUGGAAAAGUAAAAAAUGAAGAGUAUGAAACAUCAUUAGAAAAUAGCACACAUGCAUAAAUUAAUUUGCUAUACUUGCAAAAGUGUAGUAAUACCGAGUCACAAUGUCAAAGAUCAUAUUUCACUGGCAAUGAAUACUCCCCUUUAAAAAUAACAAUAUGAACUAGUAAAUCACCUAUGUUUGUAUGUCUUACACACUUGCUGUUAAACGCUUAUAGAAUGGUUUGUCUCAGUUAACGUGUUUAUUGCCCAUUGUCCUGGAAAGCCUAUUUAUUUUUUAUAUAUUUGGUUAAUAUAUAUGUACGACCUCAAAA